AGACGGCUACUAUGCUCCAUGCGUUUAUCGUUGCCUGUUGCUGUUUCUUUUACUCUGCUUCUGCUGACCAAAGGAUCAUUCGAUUGCCAUCGCAGUUGCCCUGCAUGCUCACGAAACCGCGCAGCUCCAUCGAAGCUUUGCUGCACGGUUCGAACUCUGCGCGGCAAGGUGAGCUUUUCGAAAGAGGUUCCUCGCCUGCUGUCGCGCCAAGUCUUUUGAUACUUUUCGGAGAAACGCGCCUUCUUUCAAUGGGCUAUUGCAUGCGAGGUUUUCUGAACGAAAAUAUACUACAAUUGCACGACGGAUUUGCACCUAGACGAUCCAUUGGCAAAGAUGUGACCAUUUCUGGUUUGACCGAACAUCACGUUCAGCACGUGUUCGGUUGGCAUCUUGUGCCAGUAAUGGACCAGGUCGCUGUGCUGAUGAGGUCGCCGUUAGAAGAUCUCUUGUCAGGUAAAUUUAUAAAUAAAACUCGUUGAAUGUUUUGUUGCCAAGAACCUGUUGGGCCGUCAUCGCGAGAAUGAACGUUCUACGUUUUAGUGCUGUGGUGCUCUUACUAGCCACAACGGCGUGCGCCCGAUCGGUUCGAUACUUUAGGAGGACCCCCAUCAACCAUUUUAGAGCACACUUUCAACCUGUACCAGUGAAAUCGAAAAGGCAAACAGAUGAGUUGCAUCGGAGAUACGUAGGAUUGGAUCAAUCUCAUUACAGUCCCUGUUCUCGUGAAGAUAGCAGCGACGAAUCGGCUAUGCAGUUGAUGCGCAGCAAAGCAUCCGUUGCGGAAGUGUUGCGCCAUCGAUUGAUGUCCAGUGGUUUGAUCACAACUAAAUCGCCUGACCGCUGGAGAGAUCGUUUGAUCUCCGAACUGGAUGAUAUCAUAACGGAGUUGGAAGAAAAAAGUGCCCUUUGUAAGUCGCUUUACGAAGAACCUUGUCGAUAUGAUAUGCUGCGAAGUUUGAUCAAUCCUUGCCCGGCUUGUUAUCGUAAAAAUGCCAAGCGAAAACUGCUCCUGGCGUUGCAAAAAGUGCUAGUUCAAUCGGUCGACAAUCUACCGGAUGGUGAAGCCACUUCCGGCGAAGAGAGUGCAUAUGAUUCCAACGAUUUACCCUUUACGGACGCUCCAAAAACUAGAAAAACUAGAAGCACUACGGAAGUUCCGCUCCUGACAACAUCUAUCCAACCGGAAACCGCCACGGAAUUAUCAAACGAUCGGGUUCCUAGUGAAAAGGUAAGUGCUUGGGCACAACGCCGUGUCAUGCCUUCCUCCGAAGUGGCCACAACCGAACGCUCAGUCACCCCUAAACGCCACGGUGAGCAUUCUUUGGGUCAACUGUACAAUGGACAAACCAUCGGUAGUGUUCAGGAGUUCCUGCAACACUAUAUGAACACAGUUUAUGGGGGAAACCCGGGAGAUGAAGAACGGAAGCAGUUUUUUCUUGAACAACUGUGCCGAAAUGCCUCAAACGGAAAGAUUGUGCUGCAGUGCCCACAGCCUCGAAAGUCUCGAUCAUUUCCCGGAGUACCAACAGAGGAAACCCUAUCGUCGAGGAAUACUCUUGAAGGUUCCGACACCACACGUGAUAAUAAAACACCGUUACUUCCUGUUUCCACAAGCAUAAAUGUUUCUCCACAAAAUGGGUUCCAAGAUCAUCGGAGAUGGACAUUUCAGAAUAGGCAACGAUGGGGUCACGAGCAUUAGCUGAUGCGGCACGACUUUAUUCAUACUAUAAUAUUUUAUAAUAAAAUAUAAUUGCCAA